UCCAUACGCGUCGACCAUACGAGGACCUCACUUGCCAGUUAACAGUUGAUUUGUAUGGGAUUUGCACAUUUAAACUAUAACAUGAUGACAUCUGCGUGCAGCGUAACCUAAUAUUCCACCAGACUGGCCGCGUGUAAAAGCCAUGUGGAUGCUGAGCGUUGACGCACAGCUGACCUGAGCAGGAAUAGAGCUGAUAUAAAAGCAAAUACACAGUGUCUGCUUGUGGUCCAUUCUCCGGGAAACGUUGCUUUUUUUCUCAUCUAAUAAUAUUCUAGCAACAGCAUAUGAAACACCUAUCUUACUUAUGGAGUGUGACCGUGGCGCAUGCCCAUUUGAAUCACAUAUGAAGGAUCUAGCCUUCGAGAAAUCUCUCUCGUGCACACUUACACCUUCUUCACGUCCCUGGAACACUUUGAAGUAACUCUGGAGCUUUUUUUUUUACUAAAAAGAAGAACAUCUGCAUCAGUUAUGGAACUGGAUAAGCCCAACUGUUCUUCUGCAACUUACCCCCUGUCUGCCCUCGUCAACUCUUCCAACGUGUCCACACAGAGUGUCCCAUUCCAGGGGAGCAGCACCCUGCUGACAGCGGUGAUCUCCAUCACCGUCUUCCUGAUGGGUCUGGUCGGAAACAGUCUGGCCAUCUACGUGGUGCUGCGCUAUGCCAAAAUGAAGACAGUGACCAACAUCUAUAUCCUCAACCUGGCUGUGGCUGACGAGCUCUACAUCAUCGGACUGCCGUUUCUCACCACGCAGAAUGUACUCUCCUACUGGCCCUUUGGGUCCUUCCUGUGCCGGGUGCUCAUGACCGCUGACUCCAUGAACCAGUUCACGUCCAUUUUCUGCCUCACCGUCAUGUCCAUUGACCGCUACCUGGCAGUGGUGCACCCGAUUCGGGGCUCCAAUUGGAGGCACCCGCGAGUGGCUAAGGUGGUGAGCGCAGCGGUGUGGGCUGUGUCUUUUGUGGUGGUUCUGCCGGUGGUCAUCUUCUCUGAUGUGCAGGACACAUUUAACUCGUGCAACAUGAUCUGGCCGGAGCCAGCAGACGUGUGGUCAACGGCCUUCAUUAUCUAUACCACCACAAUCGGUUUCUUUGGACCACUGCUCAUCAUCUGCCUUUGCUACCUGCUGAUAGUCAUCAAGGUGAAGUCUUCAGGAACACGGGCCGGCUUCACCUCGCGACGGCGUUCAGAGCGCAAGGUCACUCAAAUGGUGGUGGUCAUCGUGGUGGUGUUUGUGCUCUGCUGGCUGCCGUUCUUCAUCAUCAACAUCGUCAACCUUGUGGUCAUCAUCCCAGAGUCCAGCGCCACUGCGGGGAUUUACUUCUUUGCUGUCAUCCUGUCUUACGCCAACUCCUGCGCCAACCCGCUGCUCUACGGCUUCCUGUCUGACAACUUCAAACAAAGCUUCAGAAAAGUGCUGUGUUUGAAGAGGGUGAGGUGCAAAGCCAACGGUGUUGAUGACGGUGACCCCAGUGCUCGCCAAGUUAUGAAAUCAACGCCAAACGAAUGUGCCCCUCACUCCCAUCAUACUCACGUGUCCCAUCGUCUUCAGAGCAGCCAGAUCUCUCCUCAGCCGUCAGGUGUGCCAACUCGUCCCACAACUGCCGACUUGCACUGCUGCCAGCCUUCCUCCAUUUUCCUCGGCCCCUCAAGGGUCCGCACAAUUACAGAAACCCAUAUGGCAACCAAUGCUGAAGUUGCCGCCAUCACCACCCUGACUCCAUCAUCGUCCUAGAUAGUCCUUCUGAAAGAGUGGCCAACACUCCAUGGAGGAAGAAGGAACAUGCUAAGAGAUGGCUAAGCAGGUAACAUGUAUUACCGGGAUAUACAGUAGUACAAAAACAGCACUUGCAUUUCACUUUAUGGAGUCAUCAUUAACCUUUUCAAAAUAUUUCCACACUUCGGAUGAUUUAAUAGUAGCCAUUAUGAACCAAUAAGUCCGUUGAUGUUGACGGUCUUCUUAGUGUUCAAAGCUAGCACUCACCUCAGCUCCUUUUCGAUUGUGCCACAGAAGCGAUUGAUUUUAUGAAUGUGUGGUAAGCAGGGGCGUAUUUUGUCAUUUGGAGGCCCAAGGCAAACCCAGUAAUGGGCCCUCCACAUCCUUCUUUCUUUAAUUUUAAUUUUUACAAAAGGUGAGAAUGUAAUUUAGGCCACUUUUUUCCAAAAACAACUUUAAAUAUGAAUGUUUAUAAUCUACUAACAAGUGUGAUUAUGAGAAAAUGAUCCUGUUUACUUGAGCGAGAUAAAGUCCUUCAAAUCCUCCUGGGGAUUAUUAUUACCUAACAAGUGAAUCAUCUGAACUCUUCUACUGUAAUUGAUAAGAACAUUAAUCAACAUUGAAUACUGAUUUAAUACUCACACCUUUGUGAUGAAAAGCGUCACUCCCAGCCUCAUCUUGAGAACUACUGCAUUCUCCGUGGCUGACACUGACAGUAGCGGUGCUGCUGUCGUCGUGUGUGUUUGUUACUUCCGCCAAGCGCAGCGCAAAGGUUAUGUUUUUGCAGGCGUUUUUUCUGUUUGUUUGUGUUCAAAAUAACUUGAAAGGUUCUGAAUGAAUUUGGAUGACAUUUUCAGGAAUUGUCGGAAAUGGGAUCUGGAAGAACUGAUUAUAUUUUGGAGGUGAUCCGGAUCACCGUCUGGAUCCACAAAGGAUUCUUUAAGAUUGCGAAAUUCUUUAACAAUUUUGGCAUUCCUGCAUAUAAGGCCACAAAAAAUGGUCAGAGCACAUGGAAAAAAAAUACAGGACAAGUUUCCAACAGGUUCUGCAAAAUAUCAAAGACUGAUCCAAAAAAUGUAGUAUUAUUAUUUUGGUGUGAAUCACAAUAUUGGGGGAACUAUGGCACUUGGCGGAGGUCUGAGCUUUCCGAGUGCUUCUCUAGUUGUGACUGUGAAUGUGAAAAAGGUUGACACUUUCGGUAGUUUUGAUUAAAAAAAGUUUUGUUUUCCUCUCGCCUUCUCCUCUUCUCCGCACCACUGGGGUAACUCUGCUUCAUUUUUCUCCAAACGGCUCCAAAAAGUUUGUUUUUUCUUCCAUCUUACGGUACCAAUCUGCACAUGCGCAGUAAAAUGGAAUAGUCCAUUGCAUGAGAAGGGAGGAAACGAUCGUGAUGGAUUAGGCAUUUAGAUGCAAGGAUUUAAGGAUGCGAAUUAAGGCUGAAACAGUAACAUCUACUUUAAAUCAAAGAAAAAAAAAAUCAAUAAUCAG